UAGAUAUUCGUAUUUUCAAUAUUCUAUGUAUUAUAUAAAAUUAAGUUAUAUUUGAAUUAGAAGAAUAAAUAAUAUUAAAAAUUUAAUAUAAAAAUUUAAUUGCAUGAAUUUUGUGUGUUAAGUGUCAUUAAAUAUAAAUAGUUUUAGAAUAAUUAGUUAAAAUGGCAACAAUUGUGCCUGACAUAAAUGAAAUAAAAUCAAAAGCUUUGGAAGCUUUUGCAAAUGAAUUUGGAGAUAAUGCGAAUAUUUGUGUAUGUGCACCCGGUCGUGUGAAUUUAAUCGGAGAACAUACAGAUUAUAAUGAAGGUUUUGUUUUACCCAUGGCAUUGCCCAUGGUUACACUUGUAGUGGGAAAACUUAGCAAUGGAAAAAAAUGUAAAAUUGUUUCUCUUAAUGAUAUAGUUAAUUCUGAAAAUCAUACUGAAUUUGAAGUUAAUUCUCGUAAAAAUAUAAAACCUGGAGAACCAAAAUGGGCUAAUUAUGUAAAAGGAUGUGUAGCAAAUUUUAUUUGUGAUGUGCCACCUUUUAAUGCUAUUAUUUUGUCUACUGUACCAAUUGGUGCUGGUUUAAGUAGUUCAGCUGCUUUGGAAGUUGCUAUUUAUACAUUUUUGGAAGCAUUAACUGGUAUAAAAUCAGAAAAGCCAGAAGAUAAAGCAUUAGCUUGUCAACAAGCUGAACAUGAUUUUGCUGGAGUUCCAUGCGGCAUCAUGGAUCAAUUUAUUUCUGUGAUGGCCAAAGAAGGUUAUGCUCUUCUUCUUGAUUGCAAAGAUCUUAGUACUAAACAAAUACCUAUAUCAAAAAUAAAUGAUUAUAUCUUUUUAAUUACUAAUUCUAAUGCACCUCAUAAAUUAAGUUCAAGUGCAUAUUGUGAACGUAGAGAUUGUUGUUAUGAAGUUGCAAAAAGAUUAAAUAAAAAAAGUUUACGUGAAGUAUCUAUGAAUGAUAUUCAAGUUUUAAAAUCACAAAAUGUACCUGAAGAAAUGAUAAAAAGAACUCGUCAUGUAGUCACAGAAAUUAAAAGAACAAUUGAUGCUGUAGAAGCUCUUGAAAAGGGAGAUAUCAAAAAAUUUGGACAGUUAAUGAAUGAAAGUCAUGAUUCUUUAAAAAAUGAUUAUGAAGUUUCUUCAGUUGAAUUGAACACUUUAGUAAAAGCAGCAAGAGAAAUAAAUGGAGUUUUAGGAAGCCGUCUAACUGGUGCUGGUUUUGGAGGAUGUACAGUAACAUUAUUAAGAAAAGAUAUAUUCUGGAAAUGCAACAUUUUAUAUAGCAGAACCUGCAAUGGGUGCAAGAAUUUUAGACAAAAAUUAAAGAAUAUGAUAGUAAAAAAUUAUCAUCUAAUUGCAACAAUAUGUUUCAUGUUUACAAAUAAAAUGGAUAUAAUAAAAAAAAACUCAAACUUUAUUUUUACACUUAUAUUAAACUAACUCUCUUUAAUUUAAAAAAAAAGUGAUAUACUCUU